UCGCUCCCAUUGGCCGCGCCGGCCCGUCAGUCAGGGGACAGCCAGCCCCUCUCAGGGAGGAUCAGGGCUCCAUUCGCCUCAACUCAAGAGUUACCUGCCACAUCAAGUAGGAAGACACACAUUUCUACUUUAUUUUAUCUUUUCUUUUACACUGGCAGAGUCCCCGCGUGCUCCUCUCGUGCGUGAACGCAACUAAAGUGCGCGUUCGAGUGUCGGUGAACAGAUGUGGACGCGCUGCGCGGGAGCUGCCCAGCUGAGGUGAAGGGGAGGGCAGAAGAUCCCUGUGCGGAGUGUGGAUGACCAGCCCACCGGGAACGGGACCAUGAUCUGAACGAGGCCCCCCCCCCCCCAAAGACAAAAACCUUCCUCCUCCCUAUUAUUUUUUUAUUUUUUCCUAUUUCUGAUUUUUUUUCCGUUCUCCCGAGAGAGACGACACAUUUCUCAGGAGGAAGAAACACAGCGGCGAGCCGUCCGUGACCUCUGACCUUGCCGCCCCCGCCCCCCCUCCCCCCACCCCUCCCGCCGCCACACCGGAAACAUGGGGAGGAAAAAGAUUCAGAUCCAGAGGAUCACUGACGAGCGCAACAGACAGGUGACCUUCACCAAGCGGAAGUUCGGGCUGAUGAAGAAGGCCUACGAGCUGAGCGUGCUGUGCGACUGUGAGAUCGCCCUCAUCAUCUUCAACCACUCCAACAAGCUGUUCCAGUACGCCAGCACCGACAUGGACAAGGUUCUGCUCAAGUACACCGAGUACAACGAGCCGCACGAGAGCCGGACCAACGCCGACAUCAUCGAGGCUCUGAACAAGAAAGAGCACCGGGACUCUGAGAGCCCAGACCCCGAGGAGCCCUUCUCCCUCACCCCCCGCACUGAGGAGAAAUACAAAAAAAUUGACGAGGAGUUUGAUAAAAUGAUGCAGAACUAUAGGCUGUCAUCCACGGUCCCACAGCCCACCUUCUCCAUGCCGGUCACCGUGCCGGUGUCCAAUCAGAACGUGGCGUCGGCGCUCCAGUUCAGCAGCAACCCCGGCAGCGCCCUGGUCACCACCACCUCCUUCGUCACCUCCACCCUCACAGACCCCCGCCUCCUGUCGCCACAGCAACCAUCUCUGCAGAGGAACAGCGUGUCGCCAGGGUUACCCCAGCGGCCGGCCAGCGCAGGGGCUCUGCUGGGAGACAUGGGGAACUCCAACGGAGGAUGUCCGAGUCCAGUCCCUAACGGCUACAUCAGCGCCAGGGCCUCCCCGGGCCUCCUCUCCGUAUCCAACGGCAACAGCCUGGGGAAAGCAGUCCCGGCGAAGUCCCCGCCCCCCCACAGCCCUCAGAUGGUCAACAGCCGCAAGCCGGACCUGAGGGUCAUCACCUCGCAGAGCGGCAAGAGCCUGAUGCAGCUGACUGAGGAAGAGCUGGAGUUGACUGCUCAGCGGCUCGGCGGCUCGCAGGUGGUGCAGUCGCUCACCACGCCGGUGGUCUCCGUGGCAACGCCCAGCCUCCUGGCGCCCUUCUCCGGCAUGCAGACGGCCUACAACACCGAGUACCAGCUGACGAGUGCUGAUCUCACGGCGCUGCAGACGUUUGUGCCUGGCAACAUGGCCGCCUGGCAACAGCAACCGCCGCUGUCCCAGCAACAGCAACAACAGCAACAGCAACAGCAGCAACAACAGCAACAGCAACACAUGAGCUUGGCGUCGCUCAGUAACCUGGUCAUGUGGGGUGCAGAGAAACAGAAUGCAGAGAUGGUUAACUGCAUCUCCAAUUUCGCUGCUAACCUCAGCUUGGCCUCACAGUCCAACUUGCUCUUUGGCAGGGAGGAGGGCCUCUGCUGCAGGCCGAUGGGUCAGAUCCCUCAGGGCACCAACCCCAACAUCAACAUCAAGUCGGAGCCCGUCUCACCCAACCGUGACCGCAGCACCCCCAGCUCCACCUGCGGCGGGGGCGGAGCCGGAGGCGGCCAGACUCCGGUCCAGGGACAAGGCCUGGUGUCCCCAGGGUACCCCGGAGCCCUGCGCCUGGAGGUGGGGGGUCAGGGCCGCUCGCCCGUGGACAGCCUCAGCAGCAACGGCAGCUCGUACGACGGCAGCGAACGGGACGACGGCGCCCAGGGGCGAGGGGGCGGGGCCGCAGACUUCCUCCACCAGGGCGGCGCCGGGGGACAGCAGCCCGCCAUGGUCCUCCUGCGUCCCUCGUCGGCCGAGCCCCAGGACCAGGACGGGACCAACGUGAAGAGGAUGAGGCUGGACGCCUGGGUCACAUGAAGAGGUGGAGGAGGAGGAUGGAGAUGUGUACUUGUGCCCCCCAGAUACCCCCCCCCCCAGCACCAGCCCUGAGGCCCCUGGUCUCCCUCCUUCUGCACACACACACACAUAUAUGCGCACACACAUGCACCACCGUCCCCUCACACACUGACAAACACAACCCCAGAGAUCCACCUCCAGCUGAGUAGAAUGUGUCCACAGGCAUGGACGUGUCCCCAGUAGGACCUACCAUGGACGUGUCCCCAGUAGGACCUACUAUGGACGUGUCCACAGUAGGACCUACUAUGGACGUGUCCCCAGUAGGACCUACCCGCGCAGUGCACUGCCACCACCACCACGCACCUCGGUGUCCCAGCAUUGUGUCCCGUGUCCUCUCCGGCUGUCCCCGCGUCUUUGAGUCUUUGAAGGCACCGUUUUGUUUGACUUGGUGAUUUGGGGAUUUGUCUCGGUUUUGAAUAUUAAGACACUAAAUGAGAAACUCUCACAUCAGGUUUGUUACCUCAACUGGUCAUUUUCAAACACAGAUGUGGCCAAAUGUUCACUCUCAAUUUCAUCCUGAAAACACACAAGCAAAUACACACACACACACACACACAGCAACGCACUCAGCUGAGAUUAUGUUUGUGUGUGUGAACAGCUGAUGUUCAGAAGCAAACUGUAACGUUGUGUCGAGCUGUUAAAACAUGGACGCAGGUUUAUUAUUAUUAUUAUUAUUAUUGAACGAGCUUUACUCACACACACACACACACACACACAUGAACACGCACACUAUGGUUGGAGGCGUUUUGUUAUUUAAUCGUACAAAUGAACUUGAUCAUCACGGACCAUCAACCAAUCGGAGCCCCCGCUGCGACUCUGUGGGCCGGACCCCCACCUCAGCGUUAAUUAAAUAAAAGUAAAAAAGGAAUUAGAUUAACCUAAAGUAAUACAAACAUCUUACUGAAAAAAAGGUUACAUUUACAAAGUAAUUGAAUUAUUUUGAAUUAUCAAAAAGUACUAAAAUAUUGUUUAUUGAUAUAACAAAUAUGAAUGAGAUUUUUAUAAAUUGGCACAUAUUAUGUGUUUGUGUGCAAUCGGGUGGAAAUCAGAGGCGUCACUACGGGGGCCCGCAAGGGUCAAAACAGCUUCUCUCUGGUCCACCAGCAGGUGUCAGCAGAGCCUUCAGGAUGUUUCAUUGCUUUUAGUAACAGACGGAAUGUGGAUUCAUUAAAGAGGUUUUUAGUGAAAUGUCACUAAAACACAUCAAACUCAACACGUAACAUCUGACGAGUUUUUAGGAGUUUUUUGUAUUUGUAAUUUUUUUAGACCGUAAAUCGACCUUGAAGGUGAAAUAAAUGUAACGGAUGUCAUUUUUGUACCGCAGGUGAUGGGGGGGGGGGGGGGGUUUGGGGGGGGGUUUAUAUUGGGUACAUUUCAACAAGAACGUGGAGAAGAGUCAUGUUUUUAUAUGUGUGUGAGCCUCUGAGCCGGACCCCCCCCCCCCCCCCCCCCACCCGGUCAGAUACGUUAAUGGCAGAUGCAUCCAAGUCACCUCAUCCAGCCCCCCCCCCCCCACUCACUCACACACUACUUCACUCUGAACAGUGGGUGUCGCCCCCCCCCCCCCCCCCCCCCACCUCCUUGUCAUGCACUACUCUCAUCGUCCUCUCCUCACUUGACCUUCGAGGGUCAAAAACUUUGACUGUUAAGACUGUUGCACCCUGAGCUUCGAACAACCCCCCCCCCCCCCCGUAUGCCCCCUCCCUCCUGGCGACAAGCCAUUUAUCAUUAAAAAACAAUAAGGAGGGUUCUUUAGAGCGACACUGAAGGGGGGGGGGGCGCUGCGAUCAUAGAACAAAGCAGACAAUCCUGUUGAGAAAUAGUCCCCCCCCCUCCCCCACUGAAGAAGUGCUUUGGUCCCGUAGGAUGUUUAAAAGUCUCACUCUCUUUCCAGUGUUAAUUUGUGCUGGUGACUGUUUUUAAUUGUUCUCUGAGAAUCGAUAUGAAUUAUUAUUAUUAUUAUUAUUAUUAUUAUUGCUAUUGUUAUUAUUGUUAUUGUCAUCAUGGUGACACAACCUUUUUUUGUGUAGUUUAGGCUCUUGCUUUAUUUGGAAUUUUAGUUUAUUUAAUGAAAAAUAUUCUAUUCUAACUAUAUUAUAUUUUGUUCUUGGUUUUUUUUUUGCUUCCUGUCUUUUUUCUCGGGGGGGGGGGGGGGGGGGUCGGAUGUUGCACGUUUUUUAUGACGUUGAAACGAAACAACACAAGCGUAGUGAUGUUAGUGCACGUGUGUCCGUGCACGGAAACGCUUCAAUGCUGCAACUUCGUCCAAUGUACAAACCUCUCAGUCCACACUGGGGGGGGGCACACGUCUAACUUAUUUCUGACCAGACACGAGGAUGUCAAUGCAUGGGCGAAGAGUAAAUCAUGUUAUAGGGAAAUGAAAUGUAAUGAAUAUACACCACACAAAUACAUUUAAGAAAAAGGAAAACAAGUUUAAAAUAAAUUAUAACUAAUAUAUUGUGUUCGGCUAGUCUGCUUUUUUCUGUUGUAAAGAUAUUUUUUGUUGUUUUUUGGAGAAUGAUAUACAAUUUGUGUAUAUUUUCAUAAACAAAGUAUGCACUGAUAUGUUAUUACAAAUUCUAUACUGCUUUUACAAAAAAAAGUGUUUGUUAUUGUACCAAAGUAUCCAUUGGUCCCCCUUACCCCCCCCCCCCCCUCUUUGCGUCUGUUUUACCGUAUUUUAUAUAUUAAAUAGACAAGUUGACCUACGGA